AUCGUAAGCAAAUUGAAGAAGGGCGGUCUGAUUUUUCUUGUAAAUAAAGGGUUUUUUAGAUGGUCUCCUUGCUGGUAAAUCACUCUCCCUUAAACGUCUUCGAACAUCUUAGGAGGGCUUACCAACGAUAUUCUGAGGCGGAACAGAAAUUCAGCUGUUUGGCUAUGGUUGCUUGUUUAAUGCCUGAUCGAUAUUUUAAAAUAAUCAAUUCUUUUAUUUGAAAAUUCAAUGUAAUUCCUCUGGCCAUGUUUCUGAACUACACGUUACCAAAUACAGUCAAAAAUAACACCAGUUCUACAGUAUAUUCA